UCUCUCUCUCUCUCUCUAAACUCUCUCUCUCUCUCUCUCCUCCGAUGCUUCUUCCUCUCGCUCACCCUUCCCCCUUCCUCUCCACCAAAACCCUCGACCCCUCUAUCCGCCAUUUCCUCCCGCCAUUACCCCCAAAACCCUCCCCUCCCCACCUCUCCGCAAACCCUAAACCCUUCCUCUUCCCCCUCCGAGCCUCCUCCGCCUCACCCACCGCCCCCAAAACCCUAGCCAAAUCCGCCAUUAAGCGCAUCUCCGACAAGCUCCGCAGCCUCGGCUACCUCGCCGACGAACCCCGCGAUCGCCGCCCCACCACCACCGGCCCCGGCUCCCCCGGCGAGAUCUUCGUCCCCACACCUCACGAGAUCCCCAGCUACCGCGUCGGCUCCACCCUCGACGCGAGCUGGAGCACGCCGGAGAGCCCGGUCCCCGCGCCCGGGUCGGGCGCCGCCAUUACGAGGUUCCGGGAGCUGUGGAGGAGGGAGAGGGCGCAGGCGCCAUCCCCGCAGAGGGAUUCCAAGGAGGCCGCACCGUCGGUCGCGGAGCUGACGAUCCCCGCGGAGGAGCUGAAGCGGCUGCGGACCUUGGGGAUUAGGAUCAGGAAGCGGCUCAACGUGGGCAAGGCUGGGAUCACGGAGGGGAUCGUGAAUGGGAUCCACGAGAGGUGGCGGAGGAAUGAACUCGUGAAGAUCAAGUGCGAGGAUUUGUGUAGGAUAAACAUGAAGAGAACCCAUGAGAUUUUAGAGAGAAAAACUGGAGGUCUAGUUGUUUGGAGAUCUGGAAGUAUCAUCAUCUUGUAUAGAGGUAUCGAUUAUAAAUAUCCUUACUUUCAUGAUGGUGACCAAAAGAAUGAAAAUGCAGACGAAAAAUCUUCAGACCCUAGCAUGGACAAUCAAGUAGCAAAGGAGCAAGAAACAAAUUCACAGUUGAAAUUGCCUGUAAAUCCUUCAGAUGAAGUACAUAAUGCUACAGUUCGCACCUCCUUAGUGGCUGGUGUCGGUUCUCCAAAUAAGGUGCGACUACAACUACCUGGCGAAGUCAAACUUGAAGAGGAAGCUGACAGAUUGCUGGAUGGGUUGGGCCCACGGUUUUCUGAUUGGUGGGGUUGCGAUCCUCUACCUGUUGAUGCCGAUUUACUACCACCUAUUGUUCCUGGGUUUCGCAAGCCUUUCCGCCUUCUUUCAUUUGGUAUAAAACCAAAGUUAACAGAUAGGGAAAUGACUAUAUUGCGUAGGCUCGGACGGCCCUUACCAUGCCAUUUUGCACUUGGAAGGAAUAGAAACCUUCAGGGAUUGGCUGUCUCUAUGAUCAAGCUGUGGGAGAAAUGUGAGAUAGCUAAGAUUGCAAUUAAAAGAGGUGUGCAGAACACAAACAGCGAAUUAAUGGUCGAGGAGCUAAAGCAACUGACUGGAGGAACGCUUCUAUCCAGAGAUAAGGAGUUCAUUGUAUUUUACAGAGGGAAAGAUUUUCUGCCCCCUGCGGUCUCUGUUGCAAUAGAAGAGCGGAGAAAUAGUGGGAACUCUGAAUUGACUAACCCAAAGCAGAACAAGGAAGAGCGGCAUUUAGCUGUUAGAGAUGCUUCUGAACCUAAGUUUGACGAUGGAGCCUCAGGAGACGGACUUCAAGAAAAAGGAGAAAAGGAAACUCUUGCCUCAAAGGGUAGGACAAAGGCUGUGAGCUUGACUCUCAAAAAGGUGGAGACUAAAUUAUCUCAGGCCAUAGCCAAAAAGCAAAAGGCAGAGCAGCUUCUGGCUGAGCUGGAAAAAUCAGCUGAGCCUCCUAAGGCAGAACCUGAUAGGGAGGCUAUUUCACAAGAAGAAAGAUACAUGCUGAGGAAAGUUGGAUUGAGGAUGGAUCCUUUUCUGUUGCUAGGCAGGAGAGGAGUAUUUGACGGAACAGUUGAAAACAUGCACCUUCACUGGAAAUAUCGGGAGCUUGUAAAGGUUAUAUCGAAAGACCGUUGCAUCAAAGAAGCUGAAAGUGCAGCUCGGAUUCUUGAGGCUGAAAGUGGUGGUAUACUGGUAGCCGUGGAGAGAGUGAGCAAAGGUCAUGCUAUUAUUGUAUAUCGAGGAAAGAACUACCGAAGGCCGGCAAACUUGAGACCUAAGUCUCUGUUGAAUAAAAGGGAAGCAAUGAAGCGAUCUUUGGAGGCUCAGCGUCGUGAGUCCUUGAAACUUCAUGUGUUGAACCUCUCCCGAAGAAUAGACCAGUUGAAGCAUCGGAUGACUAAGGAGGAUGAUAGUUUGCCGCAGUCUAUGGAAAUAAUCUCAGACAGGACAAAUGAUGAAUACGUCUCUACAAACAGGGACGAGAAUAUCUCUGGGGAUUUUGAAGGUUACAUGGAGGAAGUGCAUGAAGUAGAUUGUGAAUCCCGGAAUUCAAAAGACUGCAAUCAUGCUUUAGUUGAUGAAGGAGAAAUAGUCAAUGCAGCAACAAGUGAAACCAAUUCUUCGUAUCCUUUAGAUUCUGAACAGCCGCAAGUGCUGGAUUGUUCUACUUCCAAAAGUAAUAAUCGUGAUACCAAUAAAGAAAUUGAUGCAUCACAUGAAGAAAUCUCGAAUAAGCAGCACUCAGCUGUUUAUGAGGAGAAGUUGAAUGAGGAAUCUGAUGUAGAAGUUCCUUUUAGAGCUUCACCACUCUCAAAUCGGGAAAGACUCGUUCUACGAAAGCAGGCCCUCAAGAUGAGAAAAAGGCCAGUGAUAGCUGUUGGGAGGAACAAUGUCAUCCCAGGUGUUGCAAAAACAAUCAAAACACACUUUAAGAAGCACCCUCUCGCCAUUGUGAAUAUUAAAGGCAGAGCCACGGGCACUCCAGUUCAGCAGUUGAUAUUUGAACUCGAGCAAGAGACUGGAGCAGUUCUCGUGUCCCGAGAGCCGAACAAGCUAAUUUUGUACCGGGGUUGGGGAGAGGGAGAUACACCCGGAGGUGCAAAGGAGAAAGAUUCAACUUCGUUUAGAGAAACGAAGGAAGCAAUUUCUCCGCAACUUAUUGAGGCCAUUAGGCGUGAAUGCGGGUUGCAGUCUACUUAAGGAAGGUAAGCUCACUCUACGCACCAACAUCAAGCGUCUCUUCGCGCUUUUUGAAGGUUUAAGAGGAUAAUAUGGGUUUUUGCACUUUACCCUUGACAAUUAGAACCAACAGAUAACCACCCCUCAAGUUAGUAGAAAAUCUUACAAUUCUUUUUUUUUUCUCCAUCAGAAGCGAGUGAAAUGUAAAUCGAGAUACAUUUAGGGGUUUAAUAUACAUCUUUGCAAAGUAUAUAUAUAUAUUGAAUUGUAUUUGUUUUCUCCCUUGUUAUCUCA